AUGGAUAUGGCAGAAGAAGAUAUUAAUGGAGAUGAAUACCCAGCUGAAAUUCAGGAUUAUCUCUCAGCAUUUGAAAAAUCUCUUGGUUGUGUAGAUGAGAUGCUGAAGACUAUGAUGUCAGUUUCUCGGAGUGAACUUCUUCAGAAGUUGGAUCCUCUUGAACAAGCAAAACUGGAUUUGGUUUCUGCAUACACGUUAAAUUCGAUGUUCUGGGUAUAUCUGGCCACUCAAGGGAUCAAUCCCAAGGACCAUCCAGUGAAACAGGAGCUGGAGAGAAUAAGAACAUAUAUGAACAGGGUUAAAGAACUAACAGACAAGAAAAAAGCAUCCAAACUAGAUAAAGGAGCUGCUGCUAGGUUUGUAAGAAACGCAUUAUGGGAAUCCGCAUCUGAAAAGGAGCCUGCAUCCAAAAUUUCCAAUAAGGCAAAAAAGAGAAAAAUGGACUAGUUUUUUAUCUUUCUUCUUGUUUUAUUUAUCAGGUAUGGUAUCAACUAGAACAUUAUUUUAAAAAGUGUUUUGGAUAUUUUUGUGGUACAAAAAUAAUGUCUUGUAACAACAGUUUGAUCAAAUAAGCUGUAGUGAGGACCUGUACUGCAUGUAGGGCAGUGCUUUGGCCUGCGGAGCCUGUAUUGGGGUCAAUAUACAUGUAUAGCUGAAUGUGAAAUUUGAUGUUGGCUUAUUAGCUUUAGGCUUAUUUCUCCACAUGAAAAUAAACUUAGUAUUUUUGACAAGUUUUAUGUAGUAUCAUUUUGUGUAUUUUGUUUGCUUUUCUUAAAUAUUUUUUCCAUUGUAAUUCUGAAAGAUUGGAACCAUUUAAUUUUUGAUGUGUUACUGUCUGCUGAGUAUUCAGUCUUGAAGAGUGGGGUGUCAGUGUAACUCUGUUGUUUAUGUAGGAGCCACUGGCUUUUCAGUACAUCUGCAUAUGAAAAGCUAAAUUUUGUUUAAUGUCCAGUGUAAUAUAUAUACAUAUCUCCUUUUCCAUCUCAGCUGAAUAAAUACCAUAUAUAUAUGUCC